ACCAACCAACAACAAUAGAAAGUAACCAACAAAAAUAAAACAAAAGAGUAUCUCAGUUGUUUGGGAUUCACUGAAAAACCCUAGCACUAUAAAAACCAAAUGAAACCAAACAAAAAGUAAACACACCAAAAAUCUUUAUUAUUCAUUUACUUAGAAGCACUGUACACUUUGGUAAUGGCAAAUAGGUGUUCAUGUGUGUACAUGUACACACAUAGAGCAGAUGUUCCUACAUUGGUAAAGAUGUCAUGGCAGUUCUUACAGAAACUUUUAUGAAGUUUCAACUUUGUUGAGUAAGUGUCCAUAUCAUUUGAGAAUACAUUAUUAAGAUUCUUCUUCUCUAUUAGGAGAACAACCACAUGUCUUCCUUUAAAUUCUUCCCAUAUCACCAAAGGAAAGGCCCUUCAUUGGCAGGAUGGUGUUGUUACAGGAAUCCCUGGCCUUGGAUGAUGUGGCUGUGGUAUUCUCCUGGGAGGAGUGGCAGCUCCUGAGCCAUGCUCAGAAGGACCUGUACUGGGAUGUGAUGCUGGAGACCUGCAAAAGCCUGGUGUCAAUGGGGUAUCUAACCAGAAAAUCAGAUAUAUGCUCCCAAUUAGACCCAGGAGUACCGUGGACAAUAGAAGAUGAAAUCCACAGUCUAAUCUGUCCAGAAAUCAGAGAAGUUGGUGAUCCUCUGCAACACCACUUGAAAGAUAGAACCAUUCACAAAAGCACUGAACAAUGCUGCAAACAUAGAAAAUUCAGAAAUAUUUUAAAUCAGAGUAAAGAUCAUUCACCAUUAAAACAAAACUGCAGUGGGUUUGACUUCUGUGAAAAACCUUUGAACUCAAAUUUAAGUUUUGAAAACCAGAGCAGAAACUGUGAUAUAAAGAACUCUGCUGAGCUAAGUGGAAAUGACCAAUCCAUUAAUGUACAUCAGAAAAAUCUUAUAGGAGAGAAACAUUAUACAUGUACUCAAUGUGAAAAGGUUUUCUCUAGAAAAUAUCUACUCGUUUAUCAUCAACGAACUCACACAGGAGAGAAACCCCACGGAUGUGAUGUAUGUGGAAAAGCCUUCUCUACAAAGUCCAGUCUCACUGCACAUCAGAAAACUCAUACCGGAGAGAAACCUUAUAUAUGUAGUGAAUGUGGAAAAGGCUUUAUUGAGAAGAGGCGUCUUGUUGCUCAUCAUCGAAUUCAUACUGGGGAGAAACCCUUUAUAUGCAGUAAAUGUGGGAAAGGUUUCACACUGAAGAACAGUCUUAAUACUCACCAGCUGACUCAUACAGGAGAGAAAUUGCAUAUAUGCAAUGAAUGUGGAAAAGCCUUCUCUACGAAGUUUAGUCUUGUGGCACAUCAGAAAACUCACAGAAUAGAGAAACCUUAUGUAUGCAGUGAAUGUGGAAAAGGCUUUAUUGAGAAGAGACGUCUUCUUGGACAUCAUAGAACUCAUACUGGUGAGAAACCCUUCAUAUGCAGUAAGUGUGGGAAAGGCUUCACAUUAAAGAAUAGUCUUAUUACACAUCAGCGAAUACAUUCUGAAGAGAAACCAUUUAUAUGUACUUAUUGUCAAAAAAAGUUUGUCAUGAAGAGUGAUCUAAUUGCCCAUCAGCGAACUCACACUGGGGAGAAACCAUACCCAUGCAAUGAGUGUGGAAAAAGCUUUGCCUUGAAAAGCCACCUAGUUGUCCAUCAGCGAAUUCAUACAGGAGAAAAACCCUAUGUAUGCAAUGAAUGUGGAAAAGGCUUUCCAACAAAGGUACAACUUAUGAUACAUCAACAAACUCAUACCGGAGAUAAACCAUAUAUAUGCAGUGAGUGUGGAAAAGGCUUUGCUUUAAAGAACCGCCUCAUUGUCCAUCAGCGAACUCACACAGGAGAGAAACCUUAUGUAUGCAACGAAUGUGGAAAAGGAUUCCCAACAAAGAUACGACUGAUAAUACAUCAACGGACCCAUACAGGAGAAAAACCUUAUAAAUGCAACAAAUGUGAAAAGGGCUUUCCUGAGAAGAGUCAACUCAAUGUGCAUCAACGUACUCACACAGGAGAGAAACCCUAUGUAUGUAGUGAAUGUGGUAAAGGCUUAAGUGAAAAAAAAAUGCUCAUUGCACAUCAGCGAGCUCAUAAUGGUGAAAAGCCAUACAUUUGCAAUGAAUGUGGGAAGGGCUUCACAAUGAAAAGUACCCUAGGUAUACAUCAGCAAACUCAUAUUGGGGAGAAGCCAUACAAAUGUAACGAAUGUGGUAAAGUCUUUGAGAAAAGGACACCACUCAUAGUACAUCAGAGAUUUCACUCAGGAAAGACUUCCUUUGCAUGUUCUGAAUGUGGAAAAUGCUUCUUGCGCAAAAAUGAUCUCAUUACUCAUCAGAGAAUUCACACAGGAGAGAAACCAUAUGAGUGCAAAGAGUGUGGGAAAGCCUUCACCACAAAGUCUUGGCUCAAUGUUCAUCAAAGAAAACAUACAGGAGAGAGGCCUUAUGGAUGUAGUGAUUGUGGGAAAGCCUUUGCCCACUUAUCAACCCUUGUUAAGCACAAGAGAAUUCAUAGUUAGUCAACAAACCUCUUGUUGUCCUUAAGUAUUAGUAUCUACAAAAAACAUUAAUGUGUAUAGAAUUUACAUGGUGUAUUUACAGAUAAAUGAUCUAUUUUUUUCUGUCAAAGGAAUAAUACAAUGACUGAUGUAGUUAGUAUUGAGGGGCAGUUUCAAAACAUUAUAUAUCUUAAAAAAUAUAUGUUGAGAAAAACAUAUGAAUGUGACAGACUAGCAAAGCCUUCAGUAGUCAGAAUGGCAUUGUCAAAUAAUCAUAGAUUUGGAGCAACUACCAAUUGACAAAAAUAUAAUUGUAAGAAAGUAUUAGCUUGUAAAUUAAUGCCUCCAUUGAUUUAGAAUUCACACUAAAGCAAUCCUCUCCUGUAGCAGGGCUUGUAGUAAUAUAUUGCCUCAUCAUUUUUCAGAAAAUCCAUCAGUGCUUAGAUAUAGUAUAGUGGUAAAGCAUUUAGCCAGUGUGUAGGAGAGAUCGUAGAUUAAUCCCUAGUAGCUGAAAACAAGAAACAUCAUUUAUGAACGUAUUUAAUGUGGAUGACAUAGAAAAAUAUUGGAGAAAUUAAUGAAGGAAUGAUGAUGCCUUGGGAAAAAUGACAAGUAGUGUAUCUUUAGGCUAUAAUGGAGCACUUGCUACUCUUCCAGUGAAUCCAAGUUUAGUGCCAGCAUCCCCCUCCACACCCCAAUCAGGAGGCUCAUAACCACCUGGACCUCAAGAUUCAGAAGAUCUGAUAUGCUCUUCUGGCCUCCAGGGGCACACACACACUCAGAAACAAAAAAAAUUAAAUAUAUACCUAAUGUGCAUUUGGGAGCAGGAUACCUUGUUUGCCUUGUCUUUAAUUUGGUGAAAUUUUAAGUUAGCAGUUCCUUCUACCAGAGGUUUAAGUUUGAAAAUUUGUAGUGUAGGUGUGGUCUUUGCAUGUUUCAUUUUACUAACUUGUAUAUCUUUGAUUCUUAUUUAUUCCAAAAUGCUUAUAGUAUUUAAAACAAUAUGACAUACUGGGACCUAUUUAUCAGUGUGUGGCUAGAUCAAGUUUAGGCAGUCAGAAUAAACAUAAUUGUGAAAUAAAUUCCUUUUCUGAGAAGUAUUUAGAUUCAGAGUUUUAUGAAAGUAAAUUCCCAAAUUCUCAGAAACUCACAAAGUGAGCAUAUGUAAUCACAGUUCAUUUUCAGAUAUGGGAAAGGGAAAUUACUACACAAUUUGUAAGUAAAUCACUGAAGGACAUUAGCGUUUCAAGUUUUUCUCUACAACAAAUAAAAAGGUUAUGAAUUUUCUUGAUCAAAGCCUCUGUGCUGUCUCACUGUUUCAGUUUUCAAAGCUAAUUAUCAAAGAGUGUGUUUAGUGAGCUGUGGUAAGUGUAUGCUGAAUUUGAUGUGAAACUGGCAGCUUUUCCCCCAGUACGCGUUCUAUUUCCAUUACCCACAGCAAUGCAUGAAAUCCCAGUCGAUUCCAUCUUGCGCUCACUCACUACUAUCAGUACACUAUGUGUGUGAUAGUACUUGUUUGCUGCCUAACUACUUUCCACAAAUUGCUUUACUCAAAUCUGUCCAUUUCUCAAUUAGUAUAGGAUUUACAGUGUACUUUGCAUAUGCUGAAUAGACAUGUUAUUGAACAGUGAUUUGCAGAUAUUUUUCCCUGCAUAUGGCUUAUUUUUUAUAAGAAAAUAUGUCAAUUAUGAAGUCCAACUUACCACUUUUUAUGCUUAUAUUGGUUGUGAUUUUUGUGUUAUAUAAAUGUUAUAUAAAUAUUUCUUGUCUGAAGUAUAGUAUUACUUUCUCCCAGAAAAGAUAACAAGAUGUAUUUCUUUUGAACCAUGCCUAGUGGAACAAGCCUUUAAUCUGUCCUGCUUGAGAGCUUAAGAGGAUGACAAGUUGCUUCUUAGAAGACACAGUCCACUGCUUCCAUUAUUACAGGUUUCAAACUUAUUUGUUUCAUUAUUAUUAUUAUUAUUAUUAUUAUUAUUAUUAUUUAAUUCUAAAUUACUCACACAAUAUACUUUGUUCAUAUAUUUUUCUCCCUCAAGUCCUAUUCUCAACUUCCUGAUGUCUGUCUGUCUGUCUGUCUGUCUCUCUCUCUCUC